AUGAACGGAAACCAUGGAGCUGGAGUAAACGAACACCAACAAAAUGGAUCUACUUUUUCUACUGCCAAAACAUUGGUGUUGACACCUGUUUCGACCUCGAGGGUGAUGCCUCAGGCCGAUAAGCCAGAGAAAUUUAAGGGCUCUGAAUUUAAACGUUGGCAACAAAAGAUGUUAUUCUACCUAACUACGUUAGGUGUUGCCAACUUCCUCACGGAAGAUGCGCCAGUCGUAUCUGAGGAAGAGACAGACUUCCAUGUCCGGAAUGUCUACGUUAGGUGUUUGGCAUCAAGGACUAAGACCUCAAAAGAAUUAUGGGAGGCUCUUGACAAGAAGUACCGCGUCGAGGACGCCGGUACAAAAAAGUAUGUAGUUGCAAAAUUUUUAGACUACAAGAUGGUGGACUCUCGUCCAGUGGUGGCGCAAGCCAAAGAGCUGCAAAUCAUAAUACAUGAUGUCCACGCUGAAGGAAUGGUCUUACCAGAUCAGUUCAUUAUUGCGGAUAAUAGGCGUUAUCAUCAGAAGCCGGGAAGCUCGGAAGACUCAAAGGCAAAUCUGAUAGAGCGAGGAAGAUUCUCAAAACGUCCCCGCCCAAAUGAGAAAGAUAAAGGGAAAGGGAAGGCAGUUGCCAGAAAGUUUGAAGGAAACUGCUAUAACUGUGACAGAUCGGGUCAUAUGGCGAAGGACUGCCGAAAACCCAAGAAAAAGAAAGCCAAGAAAGACUUGAACCUGGGCGAGAAGAACUUCGAUGAGGAUGACUUGGCGGCCGUGGUCUCUGAAGUGAACCAUAUCGAAAUCAGUUUUCAACAUACAAACAAGUCGAAGGGAAAAAGACUUCACAUGGGCAACCAAAACUCAUCCGAAGCUAUCGGCUUGGGAGAAGUGAAGCUCAAGAUGACGUCAGGUCAUGAGCUGAAACUGAAGGAUGUGCUAUAUGUCCCAGACAUCCGGAAGAACCUAGUUUCGGGUAGCCUACUUGUUAGACAUGGUUUCAAUUAUGCACUCAAUAGCUACGCCUAUCGUUUCUUGGUCCAUAAGUCAGUUGUGCCUCACAUAGCUGAAGGAAUGACCAUGGAAUCAUGGAAUGCUAUAUUCUUUGAUAAUGUUUAUCCUUGCAAGAAGCAAGAGGACCGUUAA